UUUUUCCGUUGAUAACAAUAUUCAAACCGCAUGAUCUCAGAAAAAUGAUGAAAUUAGAAAAUUCUGACCUGAAAAUUGAUCGAAAUAUGCUUGAAAAUCUCCCAAUUUUCAGUUAAUUCUGCUGAAGGACAUUGCAACGUUGUGAAGGUGUUCGAAUAACCAACCAUAAAAUAUGCUGCCAAACCGUAAUGUGCUACGUUUAUUUCAUCCGAUAGUGUUUUCUCUAUCGAGAAAAACACCGCUCAAGGUUUGUAAUUUUCAUCAAUCUGAAUCGAACAUCCCGUAUCCUCCUCACUUACAAGUUUGCUGUCGAAAAUUCCAUGGAAAAUACACCAGCGCUGAGCUGAGAGAAUUGAAGAAAGCAUUAUGGAAAAAAGAACUGAAAACACCUCUGCAAGUAAAGGAAGCUACCCACAACCAGAAGGAAAUCCUUCGUGCUUUCUUCUCUAAUAAAACAUCUGCAACCGACGAAGAGUGGGAUGAUUUACUGCUAAACAUUUGCAAACUGCCUGGAACGCUAAACGAAUCCAACAUUCAUGGAAAAGUGAUGGAGCAUUGUGCUCACCUUGAAAAACUCGAAUUAGCUAAAAGUUUCUUGACGUAUUUAAAAAAAAACGGUAAAAAAUUCAAUCAAGCUGUUGUUAUCGAUUUUUUAAGCACUUGCUACGGCUGCCGUGCUGUUUUAGACGAAGUUGAUAUCAAAACUGUUCGUUCUUUCACCAAUUAUUUAUUGACUGGAUUCGAAGUGAUGGAUGGAAAGUUGAUAUCAUCGGUGGUCAAAGGCUUAUCGAUUUUAGGUGACUGGAAAUCGUGCUUUGAAUUUAUUAGAAAUCCAGAUAGGAGUCACCUAAUUAAUGGUUUUAGUGUAUCGCCUUUAAUUAUAUCUUUAUUGGAAAAUCACCAAUUUGAUGAAGCUCGUAAAAUAGUAUUUGAAUACCUCGAUAAGAAAAAAACACUGACUAAUGCGGUGUUCACAAAAUGGGUCGAAGUUUUUCAAAAUGAUCCGCAACGGUUAGAAGAACUAUUAAAUAUUUUCAAAGAUUAUAACGUCGUUCCGAGAAGAGCACUGUGCCAAUCUUUGAUUCGAGCUUAUUCUCAUCUACCCACCGAAUACAAGCUUACUGGAGAAUUGACCACUGUUAAACACAACGGUAAAUGCUCAAGUUGCAAGAAAAAGUUGGAAGAAAAUUUACUGCAUAAGAACGAAUUCAACGAGUUACGGGAUGCUUUCCUUAAUCGUGCUCUGGUUGGUGGUGAUGUGUUCAGGAAUACUACUCCUAAAGAAUUGGACUCAUUUUACAAAGUGGUCGAAAAGCACGCUCCCUUUGAUAUCGUGAUUGAUGGAUUAAAUGUGGUCAAUAGUCUAGGUCCUCAAAAACCUCUUCAUAUAAAAGCUUCCCUGUUACAGCAAAUGGUCAACAUAUUUUUCAACUCCGAUAAAAAAAUAUUGGUCAUUGGCAGAAAAAAUAUGACGAAGUUUCCUCGAAGAAUAAAGGAGGAUGUUGCAGAAAAAAGUACCAUGUUUUUAAUUGACAACGAAACGAGAGAUGAUCUUUUCAUUAUAUACUCCACGUUAUACAGCGGUCCCAAAUGCUACUUUGUUUCUCGUGAUUAUAUGAGAAGUGAGAAGUUUCGUUUAAAUGAUGAUCGUCUCAGUGAUUUAUUCAAACGGUGGCAACUCAGUCAUCAAAUAGUUCCAUCUCAGGGGUUUGAUGGACUUGUCGAAGCUCCUUUGCAAUUCAAAAUAUGUGCUCAGAGAAACUCGUCUCAGAAUUGGCAUAUUCCUUACCACGACGAUGAUUAUACCGGAGCUCAGCUUUAUGAUAAGGAUAAUUUAACCAAAUGGUUGUGUUUGAGAAAAUAAUAUUUCUUGUUUCACCGUUGAUAUUGUUUUUUUUAAUUAGGUGCGUCAAAUUUGAGAAAUCUACUGGGAAAUAUUCCAAUUCUGCCAGGUGGAAUCUAAUUCAAGUUUUAAUCAUUAUCUUCGUGUUGAUUAUUGAUUCGUUGGGUAUUUCACGUUCAUUAUUAAGUAUGUAGACCGUACGAUUUACGAAUAAUAUUCUAAAAAUCUAAACGUUUAAAGUGGAAAUUAAAUUCUCGAUUUCAUUCUC